AUGACGACGCUGGCGGUGCGGCGCCGUGCGGUGUGUGCCCUGGCGCUCCUCGCGCUCCUCGCGCUGCUCUGCGGCUCCGUCUGCGGGGCGGGAACUGAGAAGGCUGCGCCGACCGGGGAUGUGAAUGUGUCGGUGGAGCUGUCGUGCCCGGACACUAACGGCAUGUUGAGUUGGCGCGUUGCCGGCGAGAAAUCUCCCACUUGGAGGGAGUGUCCGCAGGCAGUGAAGGAUUUUGGGAGCAGUGGAGGCGCUGCUGGCAGCAAUUCCCUCUGCAUCUUUGCCGGUUCGGUGUACCUGGAGAAGUUCCCGACGGGGGACUGCUCUCCAUCCACCACAGAUGGGGACACGAAUAAAGUUGUUGCGUUCACGAUGAACUGUACGGCGGCCGAAAGCAGUGCGCUGCACAAUCUGUCGAAGAGCGAAGAUGGCAACCGUCUCCAUCAAUCCAACGGAGGAUCCACUUGGCGGGUCUGGCGGUUGCGAGUUCUCAACCUUCGGUCAACCCGCGGCUGA